AUGGCGAUUAAGGAGUCAGGUGCGGGGACCAAGUGUUACGUGCCUGAUGAGACAUACGUGUGGCUUCCAGCACAGAUUUUGCGUGAGAUAAAGAGUAUAGAUUCUAAAACGCCUGAGAAAACGCUAGUGCUGCGUGUAUUUCCUCCUCCAGGUGAUCCUGAUGCGUUUGUGAGUGAUGAAGAGCUUGUGUUGGACUUUAAUGACUCAAAGGUCAAGAAUUUACUUGAGAUCUAUCAACUCGAGUCAUUGCCGUAUCAGAAUGAAAACUUGGGACCUGAGGGAAUUGAAGAUAUGACGACGCUCAAUUAUUUGCACGAAGCUGCGAUUUUAUACAAUGUCAAAAGCCGAUUCCUCCAGAAAUUGCCAUAUACGUAUACAGGAGACAUUUGUAUUGCUGUGAAUCCUUAUCAAUGGCUACCAGAGUUUUAUUCAGAGCAUGUACAAUCACAGUACAAGACUAAAGCACGGGAAGACUUGCCACCUCAUGUGUACGCGACGUCUAUGGCGUCGUAUAAUGAUAUGAUGCGCCAUAAAGUAAACCAGUCUAUUCUUGUCAGUGGUGAAUCAGGUGCUGGUAAAACGGAAACGACCAAGAUUCUUAUGAAUCAUUUGGCUUCUGUUGCUGGAGGGUUGAAUGACUAUACAAUUAAGAAGAUUAUUGAAGUAAACCCACUGCUCGAGUCAUUUGGCAACGCUAAGACGGUGAGAAACGAUAAUAGUAGUCGAUUUGGUAAGUUCACGCAGCUACAAUUCGACAAUGAUGGUAUUCUAGUUGGAGCAACGUGCAGAACGUAUUUGCUAGAAAAGACACGGGUGAUUUUUCACGAAGAGAUGGAGCGAAACUACCACAUUUUCUACCAGCUUCUAGCCGCGACUGAUACUAAGAAGCGGUGGUUUUUGGAUGACGUGAGCGAGUGUUACGCUUAUACGGGUGCGAAGAAAACUAUUGAGAUUGAGGGUACGUCAGACGGCACACACUUUGAACGCACCAAAACGGCGCUUGGUCUUAUUGGUGUCACGGAGGAACAGCAGGAUGUGCUAUUUGAGGUGCUUGCAGGCGUGAUCCACCUUGGACAGGUAAAAAUUCAGUCAAAGAAUAAUAAUGAGGAGUCGGAGAUUGUGCCCGCUAACCAAGGAGCGAGGAACGCGACGAAACUUUUAGGCAUUUCGAUCGAGAAUCUGGAGAAAGCAUUGUGCUCUCGGCAGAUUUCAGUUGCUGGGGAUGAGGUGACCGCCUUUUUGAAGAAAGAUCAAGCAGAGGAGUGCGUUGGCGCACUUUCAAAAGCGAUUUACUCUAAUGUCUUUGAUUGGCUGGUAGAAACAAUCAACACUUCUCUGGAGUGUAACAAGAACAUGCGCUACCACGUAGGUAUCCUUGAUAUCUUCGGCUUUGAGCAUUUUAAGCAUAAUUCUUUCGAACAAUUCUGCAUCAAUUACGCAAACGAGAAACUUCAGCAAAAAUUUACUCAGGACAUUUUCAAAAGCGUGCAACUUGAGUACGAAGCCGAAGGUAUUGCUUGGAGUCAUAUUGACUUUGCAGAUAAUCAAGAUGUCAUUUCGGUGAUUGAAGAUCGCCUCGGUAUUAUUUCGCUGCUUAAUGACGAAGUGAUGCGUCCCAAGGGCAAUGACGAGUCGCUCGUUUCGAAGCUUUCGACCAUUCAUAAAGAUGAGCUGGACGUUAUUGUGUUUCCUCGCACGUCGCGCACGCAGUUCACUAUUAAGCACUACGCUGGGGCAGUUACGUACGAAUCACUGGGUUUCCUCGAAAAGCACAAAGAUGCUCUUUUACCUGAUCUGUCUGACUUGAUGCGGGGCUCCUCAAAGCAGUUCAUCCGGACAAUUUUUGCCGAAAAGGUUGGCAGUCCGCUUUCCUUGCGAAGAAAAAGCAAUAGUAGUGCUCGAGGCAGUCGAGUGAUACGAGGUUCUCUGGCGGUGGCAAAUGUUGGUACGCAAUUUAAGGAUAACCUCAAUGAGCUCAUGACUAGCAUUCGGCAAACGAAAGUACACUAUGUUCGUUGUAUUAAGCCGAACCGAAACAAGAGCCCAAAUGAAUUGGAUCAGCCAAUGGUAGUAUCACAACUACGUUGCGCAGGUGUGAUCGAGGCAAUCCGCAUUUCACGCGUUGCAUACCCAAACCGAUUGCUGCUAGAGGACAUGAUGGACAAGUUUUGGGUAUUUGACGUGCAACAACGCAACACCGAUGUUUCUGUCAAGCAACGAUGUGAGGCGCUGAUGAGAAGGAUGGGAUUAUCUUCGCCUGAGCAAUACCAGAUAGGACUGUCGCGCAUAUACUUCCGUUAUGGAAUUUUGGAACGGAUGGAGGACAAAAAGGAGGUUUGGUUAGAUAUUCAAGCACGACACUUGCAGCACUAUAUGCGCGGAUUUUGCUGCAGGCUUCGCCUUCUUUGCAAAUUGCAAGCAAUUAUCAAAUUGCAGUCUGUUGCUCGAUGCGUCAUCGCGAUGAACCGGUACCAGUCGUUCAAGACUGCUUUGAUCCUGCUUCAGGCGCACUGGCGCGGAUACAAGGGUCGUCGCGUCGCGCUUGAGGCUGAGAAGAACAAAAGUGCGAUCAUUAUUCAGAAAUAUGCUCGUCGCUUUACGAAACGCAAGCAAUUUAAUGAUGAACGGAAGAUUGCUGUGAAGAUUCAGGCAUUUUUGCGCAUGAAGUACGAGCGACCAAAGUAUAUGAAAGCGCUUCAAAGGAAGAAGCAACAAGCUGACAUGGAGUACCAGUUGAACAAGCUGCAUGAGCGUCUUCAUGAUGAACAGCGGCGAAACGCAGAAGUUAAGAAGGAUAGAUUGUCUCCAUCGUCUAUUGACAGUCAGUACUAUGCAGAAAGCAAUGGCACGCGCUCUAGUGGGCGAUCUACUGCUCAUACGUGGAUGGCUGACGCGGAUAGUAUCAUACACCAGCUAAAUGAAGAGGCUGGACGUCUGCGUAAAGAGAACGAAGAGCAACGCGCACUAGCUACGCAACUCAAAAGUGAGGUUGAGAAGCUAAAGUUUGACCAAACGGUGCAAUCCGCAAAUUUUCAAGUUAAGAUCCGAGGUUUCCAGAACGCGCUUCGAGAAAAGGACAAAAAGCUUGAAGCUGUGGAACAUGAGUGUGCAAAGCUUCGUGGAAGUGUUGGCUCCGACCCUGUUUUCUCUAGUCAGAAAUCCAUGCGGAAGGACCGUCGCUCUGUAUUUCGGAGAUUAGGAUCAAAGAAAGAGUUUGAUGACGGCUACGACAAUAACGAUGCAAGCCGAGCAUCGACAGCUAUGCAGGCGGCACUGGCCCAGCGAUCGGCUGAAACAACGCAGUUCCUCCGUCAAUCCGCGCGACGGCUGAGUCUAUGGCGUAACAACGGUGGUGUUGACGGCAAUGAGGAGAAUCGUUAUUCUGGCAGUGAUAUGGGCGACUCUUGUGGUCAUCCGUCACUCGUGCAAGAGGUCAGCGCAGCUCGUGUUGGUGCAAUGGAGUCUCUAAAGAACAGGCUCACAGCUGUCAAAGACAAGUACUACGGGGAGGACGGAUUGUCUGCGAGUGUAUAUCAGAACUCGGAUAACCGAAGAGAUUUUGCGGCGAGGGAGUCGCUUAACUUGGAUGCAUUACCACUUCCUUCUGGUUGGGAAAUUCGUCUGUCUCGCUCAAAAAAAAAGCAUUACUACUGCAAUACGACUUUACGAAUCACGCAGUGGGACCAUCCGUCGAUCAAUGGAAGUAAGGUAAAGAAACAAGAGGCUGCAGCUGUGCAGCGCUCAAAUAGGGGGGCGUCUACUAUGGGAAGUCCGCCCCGUGAUUCAAUAUACGGCAUGCCCACCAUGGAAGGCCAUAUCUAG